UCUGGGUUAAUGGUCUAAUGACGCUUGGAUUUGCAGGUGCAUGUCAACAGACUAAUCUCUGCAAUGAAUCUCUCAUGUUAGAAAAGUUGCCUGCCUGUGGAAAAUCCUUUGAAGACAUGAUGAAGAAAGUGGACUCUAAAAAAUGGUGCAACCUGACAGAAUUUAUCAUAUGUCCUUCACACACUUCAGUGACUGCUAAAAUGUACCAUUUCAUAUUAAGGUAUUAUGAUAACUUUACCCAGUGCACUGAACGUGAAGCCAACAAUGCGAGUUGCUUUUGGCCAAACCCCCUCGCAGAGGGCUUUAUCACUGGAAUUCAUAAACAGUUCUUUUCAAACUGUACUUCAGAAAAGGUUCACUGGGAAGAUCCACCAGAUGAAAUUCUCAUAACUCUGAUCUUGAUCCCUGUCAUGUUGACAUGUGCCAUGAUAACACUGGUGGUAUGGUGCAGCAAGAGAAGUGAUAUCCUGGUGUAAGUUGUUCCUCUGUUUUUGUUUUUUUUUUCUCCAUUUCCUUCUUCCAAAAACAUUGAGAGGAGGACGAAGAGAUUCAGAUCUGCUGAAAUGGAACCUGUGAGAUACUGAGACAGAGACAGUGCUCCUGUGUACAAUGAGCUGCCUGCUGCUGCUACUGAAAGUCACUGCUUCUGAGCUUGGCCAUUGGUGUUGCUGGUGCAAAGCUCUUUGCUUCCAUUGGGCCUCAUCAUCAUGGAAUCCACAGGCAUCUCCCAGAAACAGGAGAGUCCCCAGGCAAACAGACCACUUAGCUGCAAAAGGGAUAAAGUUACUUUCCUAUGGGUAAAGCUGAUGGGUAAACUAGGUUUUGCAAAGCUGUUUGUAAGUAUAUGUACGCAUGGUGUAACACUGACUGCAGGAGUGGUGACAUCUCUUGAGUUUUUGUGCAGAACACUUGGGGUUUUCAUCUGUGUACCACGUGACUUGGAUAGAAGAUCACUGGCAAAGGAACUGAACAUGGAUGUAACGAAGUGACAGCUUUCCCUGGAAGCUAGUCAAAAACUUCAUUAUCAAGAACUGGAAGUAUUGUCCUGGCAAAGGAACAAUUUAUGUGUUCAGUGACUAUCCCCACGGGAAAUUAUCAUGCCACGUUAUAAAAUAGUUUAUAAAAUGCCUUUAAGCAUGGCUACUUGGAAUUGUAUAGCUUACAAACAAACUCUGGGAAGAUAUAUAGGUCUUAUUUUACAGAGCUGUAAAAUAUGAGGGGGAAAUUGGUUGAUUAUAAAUAUACUAAGGAGUAACGAAGAAACUUUAAUAUGCCUGACUUUAUUUUUCUUCUUUUGUAAUUAUUAUUAUUGAUGACUUGUGUUCACUGUAUACUCCCCACUCUCACUUCAAUCUGUGCAGGUGAUAUCCUACAAAUAAAUAUAAAGGAGUCAUGUUGAUUGAGGUGCCUUUCAGAGUAUAAUUUUGUACAUAAAUAAUUCUUCAUCCUGUGAAACAUAUGGGAACUGAAGUAUGUAUGAACUUAAAAGCUUGGAGCAGGCAUAGGAGGAAAGAGAAAAAAUUCUACUCAAAUCUUAAUUCUAUAAAGCUAUUCCUAUAAUAAAGAUCAUGUGCCC